AUGGAGAAGAGAGAAAAAGCUCACUGUCUGGUUUUGUUCUAUCCAAUCCAAGGCCACAUAAAUCCCAUGCUCCAAUUCUCCAAGCGUUUACAGCACAAAGGACUCAAAGUCACAUUGGUCACUACCCGCUCUGUUCACAAGGCCAUGCAUGGAGAUGGAGGAGGACAAUCACCAUCAUCAUUCUCUUCCAUUGCAUUGGAGACCAUUUCUGAUGGGAAUGAUGGAGAAGGUGGGAGUUCCCAAGCAGAGAGCAUCCAGGCCUACUGGGACCGUUUUCGGGAAAUCGGCUCACAGACUUUGGCUGAGCUCAUUGACAAGCUCUCUGCCUCAGGCCACCCUGCUGAUUGUUUAGUUUAUGAUCCAAUUUUGCCUUGGGCUCUUGAUGUAGCCAAAAGGGUUGGGAUUGCUGGGGCCGCUUUCUUCACUGUAUCUUGUGCUGUUACCAACAUAUACUCUCUUGUCCAUUAUGGGCUGCUCAAACUUCCUCUCAAUCCGGACUCUGAGAUUUUUCUGCCUGGAUUGCCACCUCUUCAACCUUCAGACACCCCAUCUUUCAUCUUUGUUCCUGAAUCUUACCCUGCUUUCUUUAAACUGUCUUUGGAU